GUCAAUUCUAUCGGCAGUUUGAGGGCCAAUGUCGAUCUUGGGUUCUUCCACAAUCCAGGCCGCUGCGACUGAAGCAGCAUAGACCAAAGAUUAAUACUAAACAUCAACGGCGUCACCCUGGGCAGAGACUUCGCAGCCGAGACAAGUGCGUCCCCCACCGCGGAAGCUGUACGGAGUACUCUACCACACUAAGCGUAGCGACACGGGACGGCGCGACACUGGCGUAAGUGCUUCUCUUUGAUCUCUUCAGCCUGGCCAAAUUAGAACAAUCAAUGAACGGAGGCGGACUCGGAAUGAAAGACUAGGAAGAUAGGAGACACAGGCGGUGUGUAGCCCGCGGGUCAUCGAUGGAACACAAGACACCGCCUGUCUUUGUGCUGCUGCCGCUGCUGCUGCCGCUGUUGCUGCUGCUGCAUUAUUCCGUUGAGACGCUGCCUUGUCUGACUAAAGGCAAGCAGGGAAGGAGGUACGCGACGAUACUUUGGUUAGAAGAGACAGAUAGGGGUAGGUGGAAGGGGAAGGAGAGUCCGACUCAGGGGUUCAAGAGCAAUCCCCACUCAUAG